AUGGAGAAUCCUCACCAACAAGCACAGAAUGCAUUACUCUCAAGAAUAAUCAAAAACAUGGAAAACCUUAAUGAAUCAAUGGUAACAGUCAACACAUUAUUACAAGAAACAAAUAGAAAUACAUUACAAACGGAGUCAUUGGCACAUAUGUGGGGGAAUUAUAUGAGAAAUGUGGAAUAUAAUCUCGAAGCUACUGGAAAUCAUCAUGAUAAACCGUUAUUGAGACCGACGAGGGCAGAGGAGGAAGGUGAGGAGGAAGAGGAAGAGGAAUAA